AUGGUGGAGCUGACAAUUGGUUAUGUGUCUGGAAUCAUCGCUGCUGGAAUUUUUAUUACAAUUGUCACUCCUUUAGGCCUGUAUGAUGCUAUUGUUCCUGAUCAUGCAACAUCUUUGGAACCAUUUCAAUAUUCCAAGGACCAAUCUCCAUUUGGAUUUGGAACACCUCCAAGGAGUGACCUUGGGUUUAACCGUUUUUGUGGCAAAAUUGGACGCACUACUUGUCCUGGCUCAGACGUUGUCAUCGAAAAUCGUCGAAAUGGUACGCAAUACUUGCCAUACGGCUACGAUGCGCGAAUCCCGCCUAAAGUCAUGGAAACGUUCCAGAGCGGGCUGAAGUCCCUGUCACCCACUGUUUCUAGCCUUUUCGAUAUUGAAUGGCGGUCAUAUGGAAUCAGAUCAGAAGAUAUUGUCAACAACGGUUCCAAAAUUGGUCUCACUGGCCCUAGCUCUAUCGAGGAUCUAGUGCUUACCGAUCGUGGAGGAUUUGUAAAUCUCAAUACCACUUAUCCUGAAUACGACCGACUCAACAGCCAGGCCGAUCCUGAUUUUUAUGGGAGGGCGUACAAGGCCGCGUUCCUCAACAAUGCGCUCACUAUGAUCUACCUCAACGUUUCUAAUCCAAGAACUAAGGAUUUAGAACCAUUUUCCUAUAUGAACUCGGAAAUCAACAAGACAUUCACUUUGGAAGGAAACAUAGGGGCAAAAGCUGACAGAUUCCUUACGGACCAAACCUGGGGCAGCUAUCUAUCGCUUAAAUUCGCUGGCUUUAAUUCCACAUUUAAUAGUACGGGUUCAGGUGAUGAUUACCCUAACCCUUUCGAUAUUACCACAAGCAACUUUACCUCCAUAGAGGUUCUGUGUCAGGGAGCCGGUGGCCUUGACUAUGCAAAUAUUACGAAUAUUGGUGUAGUAUGUGGGAUGGCAUUUGGAGCUGCGAGACGAAGCGAUGGAUCACGUUCCCUAGUUUUUGAACCGGGCUCUACCUGGACUGUGCCUAUGUAUAGUUGUGCGUCUGCGGCCCGUGCUGUGAUAAAGACGGUCGACUUCCGAUUUAACGGCACGGACGGACUUAAUAGCCUUGCAAUUCGCAGUAUCCGUGACAAGACUUAUGCGAAGGAUACCGACAAACCUCUUUGGGGCGUUGAGCGUUCUGAAGAGAUUUUGGAUGAAGUUUUGCCUCUGUGGGGUCUGGUGUCAGAUCAGAAUAAGGGAAGAGACGAUCUUUCGGUCCUUCAAAAGGAAUAUUUAUGGCUCCCCGGAUACGCGGGACGUUUUGGUACUUCACCAGUUGGAUACUCAAAUCUACCGGGUAUGUAUUUCCAUACUGGCGGAUUCCAAACGGCUUACGAUAUAAGCACAAGCCCACCAUCCGGAGUAAGCGACUAUUCUGGGGCAACAAACCUUGCUAUGUAUUCAAAAUGGCAGGAAUUGUCCGAAAAAGCAAACACCACAGCGAGGAUCAUCAACUUAGUUUGGACAGACGUUGCCGCGAACGCAGUUGUAGGAACCAAAGGCUGGUUUUCUCAAGAUCGAAAGAGUAUUGUUAAACAUGAUGAUCAGAGCUCGACUCGACCGGAAGUCAAUGACCUACGCGAAGUUCCAGUGGUCAUUUUCCGAAGAGUUGUCAAGUACAAUUUGAAAUUCGCUAUUCCUGCCAUCCUCGCACUAGUUUUCACCGUUGUGAUCGCAUCCACAACAUGCCUUCUUAGCGUUGGGUUUAAGAUGAUUGCUGUUGAUGGUCCAGUUCCCAGAGCAAAGGAUCCGGUGAUGAUGUCCAAAUUUGGAGACGCAAACACAACAAAUAUGGAUGCUCCUUUGCUCAAGGACAGCAGCAUGGGAGCGGGGUUCGGGCCACCAAGCCCAGGGUUUACCGCACCUAAUCAACCACAACAAUAUUAA